GCUGCAAUGGAAGGCGUUAAGCUAAACUCUCAUUUGUCUGAUUUCUCUACUCUCCACCACAAAACCCAAAAAUGCUACUAAUCCCAGUUUCUUCUUCUUCUUCUUCUUCGUCUUCGUCUAUCCUUCCUCAAUCUUUCUUCAAUUCUACUAAUUAUUCGUCGAACCAUCAUCACUCUCUGUUCCUCUCCAAUCUCAGUUACCCGAUUCCUCAUGGAAGUAGAAAGGUGAAGUCUUUGCGGCUCAGAGCCAAUUUCUGGGAAUCUAUUCGAUCUGGGUUUGUGAAGAAUAACAAUAGUACCCAACUUGUGGAACCACCUUCUAUAGUUGAUGAUGAAGAAGAGACUGAACCAUUGUUGCCUGUGGAGUUUACUUUGGUUGAGAGGACUCUUCAAGAUGGGUUGAUUGAAGAGAUUAUAUUUUCUUCAGGUGGUGAGAUUGAUGUGUAUGAUCUUCAAGGUCUUUGUGAUAAGGUGGGAUGGCCACGGAGACCGUUAGUGAAACUAGCAGCAGCGUUGAAGAAUAGUUAUAUGGUAGCUACGUUGCAUUCUGUAAUGAAGUCAUCAUCAGAUUCAGUUUCAGAUUCAUCAGAAGGCGAUAAUGGCCAGAAGCAGAAGGAGAAGAAGCUUAUUGGUAUGGCACGUGCGACGUCGGAUCAUGCCUUUAAUGCUACAAUAUGGGAUGUUCUUGUUGAUCCUGAAUAUCAGGGUCAAGGGCUAGGUAAAGCUCUUGUUGAAAAACUUGUAAGGGCUCUUCUUCAGAGAGAUAUUGGUAAUAUAUCUCUUUUUGCAGAUAGUCAAGUUGUGGACUUCUAUCAGAACUUGGGGUUUGAAGCUGAUCCAGAAGGCAUUAAAGGCAUGUUUUGGUACCCAAAGUAGUACUUGGUGAUUGCAAGAGAAGGGGAUUAUUAUUUGUUUGUAUACCUUUUGUGCUUUCUUAUAUAAAUCUAUAAGGAAGUUUGAAACUGUGUAAUUUGUAACUCAUAGAUUAAUUUGUCUAUUUGAGAAUUCAACAGAGUAUGAUCAGUAGAAAGUAACUUGUUCCCUUCUUUACUUAGGUUGAUGUUGAUUCUUGGUUUCAAUCUAUUUGAUGCUGUAAAAUAUAAAAUUUUGGUGGAUUGAUAAAGGCCUUCUAUAAACUGAACUGUUAUUUUUGCUCUGCUAUUAACUUCUCUACAUUACAGGCUUUUCUUUUUAUCUCCACACAAAUUACAAACAAGCAAGACCGUCCUUUUCGCCAAGAAAAUCCGCGGUAUACAACGCAUAAGAAAAGAAAUAAGAAAAGAA